CUCCCCAUCUAGGCAGCGUAGCCCCCGGCUGGAGCUCCUCUUCUGCUGCUGCGGCGGCGAACACACUCUCUUCUAGUGGAGAAAUGUGCGCAGGUUGAAGACAACAACUGCGUCCCUGUUUGUUGUUCUACAACAUUUACGCCGAAACGCCGAGCACGAAGUGCCAAUAGAAGACACACGCAGCGGUCGUAACGGCGCGAAGCCUCUUGGACCACCCUCGCAAGCAGCAGGUGACGCCUGCACGCUGAACCAUACCAACUUUUUGCCCAUGGGAAGGAAGCUUGAAGAUAGACAUUUUAGGUGACGCCUCCAGUCCGAUGUCUCCUCCUCCCUUGGUGUGAUGCGUCAUGGCUCCAGUGCUGACUGGAGUGUGGUGGGGGCCGGAGGCGGGCGUGGUCGGUAUAGGGUCAGUGGCGGCAGCCGCGGAGGGCGGGGCGGUGGCGGACAUGCUGGGCGGUGGGCAGCUGGUCCUGGUGGUUACCUUGAGCACCCUCGCCACCCUGCUACUGGUGUCCGUCAUGCUGCUACUGUGCACCAGCUGUCAUGGGCAGAAAAAAGCAGCUAUUGGGCAUUCAGCAUGCGACCGUGUGGACCUCAUGGAUGGAACGUCGGAUAAAGAGACGGUCAGCCAGUCGCCCGACAGCCCCAUGACAGAUGUGGGCGUCAGCAGCUCCCACUACGAACCUCCAACCAGCGGUACAAUCCUCACAGACACACAGGCCAGCAGCCCUCAUCCCUCGGAGGAGAUAGCGUUCAGCCAAUCAGAGCACAGGUCCUCCAAGUGUCAUCAGGACCGCGAGCUCCCCAGCCUCCCGCCCAACAGCUCCCUCAUCAGGGGCACGGCCCCACCUUCAUCGGGGGACAGCACCUACGAGGUGGUGAAAGACAUGGCGGUGACGUCCCGCGACAUCAGCAUCGAGGACUCCCUCUAUGAGACGGUCAAGGAGCUCAAGUACCCCCCGAAGAAGCUGGCCCUCACCAACGGUACGGCCGACCUGAGCGCUGCCCACCACCAGCCGCCCAUUUGCGCCCCCCUCCUCCUCAACGGCCACCUCAGCCCCAGCACGGCCGAAUACGCCUCGGUGGACCACAACAAGAAGAGCCGCCACAGCGCUGACCUGGAGGCCAAGCAGCGGUCAGGUGACAACAGCGGCAGUGGCAGCACCCCCUCUGGAAACUCCACAGAGGAGCCAGAGGAUUUGCCCCCGCCGGUACCGGAGAAGGUUCUGGAUGAAAACGACAACCAGCCCAUGCUGGUGAACGGCUUUGCUGACGGGGAAGCUUUAUACAAUGGAAAGCUCCACUCCCCUCUGUCUUCAGCACCGGGGCUCCACAACAAAGUUCCGUCAGACAACGAGUCUCCAGACUACUCGUCGGUGAACAAGAAAAACGGCGCCGGUGUGAACCCGGAGGACAAGGAGCACGACUACAGCAGCAUCGCCGAGCUCAAAGGCCUCAUUCCCACCGGCUCCUCCGGCGACCUCUACGCCACCGUGCACGACGUCUACGCCCAGCCGGGGGAGAAGCCCUGCGCGGCGGGCGGUGCGGACCCCGGCUACGAGAGCAUCCGCAUCCCAAAGAAUGGCAGCUUGGACGAGGAGGGCGCCAAGGCCGAGCCCGACUACGAGAGCGUGGGGGAGUUGGGCCUGAGCCGGGAAACGUCUCGCCUUUGAGUGCCCGUCAUGGCCAUCACCAUGUGGUCCUCUUGGAGACUCUGGAAAACCUGCAUGUCCUCCUUACAGCUUGUGUUGUCUUCAUUUAUCAAGCCGGGGCAAUGAGGUUGGUACCAACAGUAGCAAAUACCUCUCCUGCUGCCCACAUAUCGCUGAAGACUCCACGCUAAUUGAAGUAUGCGCUCACACGCUCGCCAGAACAUGUGACCAACAUUUGCUGAUUCACGUCUGUUUGGGAAAAAAAAGGAAGUAGAGGACAGCUCAAAAGUCUGGACACACUUUCUUGUUGAACAAUACAGCAAAGUGUCUCCAUACUUGUGAGCCGGGUCCCACUUUGUCUUCCUCACAGACCUCGAUGAGGACGGCAGCCUAAAGCAGGCUUCACUACACAUCUUUAAAAAAAGUCUGGAGCUCUACUGGCUGAAAGCUGAGUGGAAAAGGCGAGGAACUGUCGGGAAUUAGGAUAAAAAGAUUCACACCACAAAACGGGUCAUUCAUAGGGAGAGAAACUUGUGGCUUUCUGGGCUACUAAACAAACAUUGGAUUUGCAAACCACAAAGUUUUGCAAAUACGUUGUUUUUAUUUGUAUCGAAAAACUAUUUUUGCAAACACAAAUUAUGGAUGUGAAACCACAAAAAGAUAUGCAACCACAAAAAGUUUAGCAAAAAAAAUGUGCUGACAAAAUAAUGGAUUUGCAACUCCAAAUAUAUUCCUUUAACAAAUAAUGGAUUUGCAACCAACAAAAAAGAUUUGCGCACCAGAAAAAGUUUGCAAAAAUAAAUACAUUUGCAACCAAAGAAGACUGGGACAAACAACAAACAUUUGAACUAAAGAAGAAGAAUAAAAAGCCAACUAAAAUAAUCGGCUUCAAAUAGAAAAUAAAUCAUUUUUUUCAUAAAAAAAUACAUUUGGGUUCAAAUGUUUCUGCUUACAAAUUUUUUUUGUUUGCUAUACCUUUUUUUUUUUUUUCCAAAAUCCUGUUUUGGUUGCACACCUGUGUGGGGCUUCCUCUAGACCAGUGGUUCUCAAAUGGGGGUACACGUACCCCUGGGGGUAUUUGAAGGUAUGCCGAGGGGUACUUGAGAUUUUUUAUAAAUAUUCUAAAAAUAGCAACAAUUGAAAUAUAUUUAUAGAUAUAUUUAUUGAAUGAUACUUCAACAAAAUAUGAAUGUAAGUUCAUAAACUGUGAAAAAAAAAUGCAACAAUUCAAUAUUCAGUGUUGACAGACAAUUUUUUUGUGGACAUGUUCCAUAAAUAUUGAUGUUAAAGAUUUCUUUUUUUGUGAAGAAAUGUUUAGAAUGAAGUUGAUGAAUCCAGAUGGAUCUCUAUUACAAUCCCCAAAGAGGGCACUUUAAGUUGAUGAUUACUUCUAUGUGUAGAAAUCUUUAUUUAUAAUUGAAUCACUUGUUUAUUUUUCAACAAGUUUUUAGUUAUUUUUAUAUCUUUUUUUACAAAUAGUUCAAGAAAGACCACUACAAAUGAGCAAUAUUUUGCACUGUUAUACAAUUUAAUAAAUCAGAAACUGAUGACAUAGUGCUGUAUUUUACUUCUUUAUCCCUUUUUUUUCAACCAAAAAUGCUUUGCUCUGAUUAGGGGGUACUUGAAUUUAAAAAAUGUUCACAGGGGGUACAUCACUGAAAAAAGGUUGAGAACCACUGCUCUAGACUAUACAGUGGGGCAAAAAAGUAUUUAGUCAGCCAACGAUUGUGCAGGAUCUCCCACUUAAAAUGAUGACAGAGGUCUGUAAUUUUCAUC